AUGCGGUGCCUUGGUGUACUCCUGUGGGUUUUCCUGGGGUCUGCGGAGUUUGCUAGCGAACGGACCACGCCAGCUCCGAACCUGAGCUGCUACCAGUGCUUCAAAGUGAGCGACUGGGCCACCUGCCUGCCCGCGCGGUGCCGCUCCACGGACCGGGUCUGCAUCUCUCACCAGGUCGUCAUCUUCAUGAAAUCCAACCUGAGAGUUCUGCUCAGCAAGCGCUGUGCUCCCAGAUGUCCCAACACCAACAGUAAGUUUGCAUGGUCACUGGGACCUGGGGUGGACAGCUUAAUCACCAGGCGCUGCUGCUCCGGGAACCUCUGCAACAGAGCGUCGGUGAUACAGGAGGGGCUCUGGGCCCAGCCAGGGGGGCUCAUUCUCCAAGUGGGCCUCAGCCUCCUCUGGACCCUAUUAUGAGGACCCUCACUCUGCACCCCUCGGCCCUGCUGACCCAUCCUGUCUCCUCCCUCCAACCCUUCCAGGACACUGGAGUGGUGGGGAGGGUGUUGUCACCUCCCCCCAUCCCUGUUGGGGCCCCUUUGCUCAGGAAGCCCCUGCUCCUCUCAGAAAAGAAUGGAAGUCCUGGUCAGGGCUGAUGCUCCUUGUGUGAGGCUUCCUGCCCUGAACAGACUGUCCAGGACCCUGUGAGCGGCAGCAGAGCCCGGGCAAGGCCAGAGCUGUGGCUUCCGCCCGACUCUGGCCCUGCCUUCCCAUCUCUGGCCACCUCAGCCCUAGGGGGCCCAGGCAGGGUAAUCAUGUGCCCCUCCCCCCCCACCCCAGGCAUUGAGACCAUGACCUUUUACUCCUCUUGGAGACAAUAAACAAUAAUCUCUCAUGCCCUGUGGUACCGGCUCCUUCCUGCUCCUUCUCGUAUGUGCUCGCC